UUUGAAAAAAAAUUGCAUUUAUUUAUGUUUCCAACGAUGGCAUUUUAUGCUUUCGUGUUCAAUGCCUCAGAUUUUCUUUAUGAUUUUUUCUCUUUGAAUUUCAUUAUUUUAAAGCGGUUUCUAUGAUAUGAAAUUAAUGAUCACAUUUUUAUAACUUACACAUUUUUAUCUUUGGAUCAAAACAAAAGGUAGAUAACUGAGAUUUAUGUUCACGAUUUAUAGGCUAGCACAGGGUUGAUAGAGUGAUAAAUCCCAUUUUUACACACAUAACGGUACCUUGUGUGUAACAAUUGCUGGUUGCGGCUUGAUUGUGAAAUGGGUUUGUGGACGUUAUUGGAGGGAUUUCUGCUCCUUGCAAAUGCAUUUGCAAUAUUAAACGAAGAUCGUUUUCUUGCACCUAGAGGAUGGAGCUUCUCUGAAUUCUCUGUAGGUCGAACAAAGUCUUUGAAAGGGCAGCUUAUAGGUCUCAUUUAUGCGACCCAAUAUAUGAGAGUUCCACUUGUAAUACUCAAUUCCAUUUGCAUCUUUGUAAAGCUGGUGUCUGGAUGAUGCCGCUGAGGAGCAUUCAUGGAGUUUGGCUAAUAGGAUUGUAAACAAUAUUUUAUUUUAGAAAAGGCUGAGGAGGCAUGUGACUCAGAAAAUCCAAGACACGCUUGAUUUGGAAUAUCCUUUCUCACAAUUAGUGAUUUUGAGGUUAUUUCUGUUGCAUAAAAAAACACGACGAGAUGUGGGAUGAACAUGGCGUGGAUUUUGCUCAAUUUUCUAAUCUGUGUUUGUAUUGUUCGACAAGUUUCAAAAGUAACUAAACUUCUUAUGGCACUAUUAAUGUUUUGCUAUCAACCUAAUUAUUCUUCAUGAUUUGAUUUAGUAAUAAUGUUUUUCCUUCA